AUGGUGGUGUACGUGGAUGACAUCCUCAUCUUCUCACCCUCCUCUGACCUUGUGAAGGAGGUGAUGCUGAAGCUGCAAGACAAAUUCAAGUGCAAGUCCCUUGGGGACGUGAAUUUCUACCUCGGGCUUCACAUCGAGCGUGAUGUGGAGAAGCGGUGCAUGCGGGUGCACCAACGCAAGUACCUGGAGGCAUUGGCUGCCAACUUUGGGCAGAAUGAAGGCCAUGUGGCUACUCCAUUCCCCUCUGGGUUCAAGUGUGUGAAGGGACCAGAGGAGGAGAGUGUUGGAGAAGAGGAGAGGCGCCGUUUUCACUCAUUGGUGGGCAGCCUCAUGUACGCGGCAGUCAACACACGACCGGACGUCGCGUUUGCUACCGGGCAGCUGGCAAGGGUUGUGCAAUGCCCUAAUGAGGAGCAGGUAGCAGCUGGAAUGAGGGUGGCCAAGUACCUUGGCCAAACACCGACCGUUGGGCUGCAAUACUCGGCGGCGGCACAAAGGCGCCAAAAGGGCGCGGAUGGUGUGGAACCCGGGCGUUUGUUCCUCACCGCAUUCUCGGAUGCCUCCUAUGCAUCGGAACCAGAGGAUAUGACAAGUGUGGGAGGCUUCAUCUGCUGUGUUGGUGGAGGCCCAACUGCUUGGGAGAGCAAGAAGCAGGUGGACCAAGCAUUGAGCUCGGUGGAAUCCGAGUACAUGGCACUCUUCCGUGCCGUACGGGAGAUUGUGUGGCAGCGGCGUUUGCUGGCUGAAUUGGGGGAGGAGCAGCAAGGACCUACCCCACUCUAUUGUGACAGCCAGGGAGCCAUAGCUCUAGCCAAGAACCCUGUGUUACAUGGUCUGACCAAGCACAUGAGGGUGAAGUGGCAUUGGACGAGGAGCAUGGUGGCCGCGGGUGAAGUCGAGUUGCGCUACGUGAAGACAACGGGGCAGCUGGCUGACAUGAUGACCAAGAGGCUGGUGGAGCAGCAGCACUGGAAGUGUUGCAAGCUGGCUGGGAUGGCUCUGAACUGA